AUGUUUAGCGAGUCACCAUUAUCCACAGCUCCUCUUCCCAUCCCGUCAGAACUCUCCAUUCUCAGUUCUCCAACAUCGUCCGUAUCGGCGUCACCACUAUCAUCAAUAGCGACUUCGCGUCGAUCGACGAUAACCUCAACAAAUAAUCAACGUUCUGGCUUAUUUUCCUCAUGUCAAUCCAAUCGACAGAUGAAAAUAGGAAAGUAUUUCCUUGAAAGAACGAUCGGCAAAGGUAACUUUGCCGUUGUCAAACUAGCGACACAUUGUGACACACAUCAAAAAGUAGCAAUUAAAAUCAUUGAUAAGUCACGUUUGGAAUCGACUGAUCAUCAAAAGCUCGAACGCGAGAUCGCUGUGAUGAAAUCACUAGUACAUCCAUACAUAAUCCGUCUCUACGAAGUCAUGGAAUCGAAAAAUCUCAUCUAUCUGGUAACAGAAUAUGCAGCAAAUGGUGAGCUGUUAGGAGAUUUAAAAGCGGAAAAUUUAUUAUUGGAUAGUCAUGGAAAUAUUAAAGUAGCAGAUUUUGGUUUUGCCAACACUUUCAAACCAAAUGCAAAACUACAAACGUUUUGUGGUUCACCACCUUAUGCUGCUCCAGAACUAUUCCAAUGUCUUCCAUACUCUCCGGAAAAAGUUGAUGUUUGGGCUCUUGGUGUUCUUCUCUACAUAUUCGUUUGCGGCCACUUACCGUUCGAUAGUAAUAAUCUUGCUGAACUACGAAAGCGUGUCCUCGUUGGGCAGUUUCGUUUGCCUUUCUAUAUCAGUCAAGAUUGCAACUCUUUAAUUAGUCAUAUGUUGACAGUUGAUCCUGCUCAACGUUAUUCAAUAAAUGAUAUUAAAAAUCAUCCGUGGCUAAGUUUAAACCAUUCAGAUAUAUCCCAUUUAACAUCUCCAACACAAUCGAUACCAGAUAAUCAAUUAACAAAUGCGAUCCUAGAUCACGCAGAAUCACUUGGAUACAAUCGAACCCAAAUAUUGAAAUCUGUCAGCGGAAAUUCCUACGAUAGUGAUGCAGCCAUAUGGCAUUUAUUACUAGAAAAGUUUCAACAAACGUGUCAAAUUAAUAACCCUCCAAUUCCGACAACUAUCGAAACAGAUAAAUCAAGUUUGAAUUAUUGCCCACCAAAUACUAAUGGAUCCAUUCGUUCGUGUGAUGUCGAUGAACAUAUUGACGAUCUUGAAACGUAUUCCGAUGAUGAAGAUCAAGAUGAACAAGUCCGUAAUCAAUAUGUACAGCUACACGGUUUACGGCGACAUACUAUUGGUCGACCAGCUUUACCUCUCUACAACAACAAAGUGCCUCCGACCCUCACACCAGACUUACGAUUUGUUCAUCAGUUGAACAGUGUUGAGCCCGCCCUAUUAACAAAUCGACUUUACGAGUUGCAACAACAGUAUAACGCACCACCGACUUCUGACAAUGAUGACGCAGAUCAUUACUAUUCCCAAUUACAAUAUCCAUUAUAUCACCAACGAAAUCCUCAUUCAACAAGCUACAAUGGUUUAUCAGUGCAACCACCGAUGACGGCUGUUUCAGAUAUUCAUAAUCAACCACAAAAACCCAAUCAAUGGUUGUCACCACCAGUUUCCCAUACCUUCAAUAUCAACCGGCGAGCUAGUGACAGUGGAGCUCAUUUACUUCUAUUUCAACAGCAGCAUGAUGUUACUGGUUCUAAUCCGAUCAGUGCUAUCCGACCGACACAAUUACAAUCUCCAGUAUCGAAUAGAUCAUCGCGUGGCAGUAUAACACGUGGGGCGCCAAUUACUCCACCUAUAUUUUCCAUUACACCUGAUGAAACUGAAGAGAAUGAUGAAGAAGAUGAUGAUGAAAGACUUGCACGAUAUCUUAAUCUUGGCAAACGUCAUACAGUAUGUGAACAAGGCUUGAUACUCGGUGGUAAAGUUCGUCGUAGUCCACGCGAAGCUGUCAAAGAUCGUAGUCCAUUGUCGCGUCGCGCCAGUGAUACAACUUCAAAUCUGAUCAAUAGUACAACCAAAGUGUAUCUCGAACGUUUAUAUCACAAUGCAGUCGGAUCAAAAUUGAGUGAUGAUGAUGACGUUACAACAUCUAGUUUACAAGAAUUGCAUAAGCUUCAAAAACAAGUGCAAAAGUAUCCUAUGAGUAACAAUACAAGUUCACCGCUCAGUCGACGGGCAUCAGCUGUCCCAUCACCGACGAGUUCUCUUGGUCUCCAGAUCAUUCGAGAAGAACAUCAAUUGAAUCCUUUCGUCUCGUCCAGAUCACAAAAUAAGUCCUCAUCUUCGUCGUCAUCUUCUGAAGGAUUAUGUAAUAAUGUUGAUGACGAAGAUGAAAUGGAUUGCGAUGUUCAAAAUCAUCCAAUUCCACCGCAACUCUCUCCACAACAACAACCCAGACAAUUCAUUCGACCAUCAACUCAUUCAUUGUAUCGUGUACCAUAUCAUCAUCAAACUCCCCCACCUUAUUAUUGUAAUACAAGUCCAUUACUUGCUCAAUACUUAGUCAUCCCGACGACGACACCGACUUCUUCUACACCGUAA